AUGCGGCCUCCCGCUCGUGCCACAGCCCCGCGCCUGCUCUCCUCUGUGGCGGUGCCCGCUCCCGGCGAGUUCGCCUUCCUGGCGUGGCUCGAGGGAGAGCUCGCCGAGGCUCCCGGCUCCGACGUGUACUCCGACGUGUAUGCAGACGCAGUCGCUAGCGUCGGCCGGUGGCGCCGCCGCUACCGCGGCAACCAGGCUCUCUGGCGGCGGCUGCUGCGGCCCGAGCGUCUCGUCAAAGAGAUAGUCGAGACGGCGCCCGUGAUUGCGGCGGUGCGUGACUAUGUCGCCGCAGAGCCGCGGCGUGUGACGAUUGUGGACCUCUGCUGCGGCAAGGGAUACCUGUCGAUGCUGCUCGCCGAGAUGCUGCCCACCGACCGCGUGCGUGGCUGCGUGCUCGUGGACAACGCGUGGCCAAGGCACGACGUGGCCGUGCAGGACAAGCACAUCAACCCGGAGCACCUCUGGGGCCGCUACGCUGACGCGUGGCCGGUGCCUCUGUGCACCAGCAAGAUCGACCUCAAGAAGCGCUGCAGUCUCAAGGCGCUGGGCGAGCGCUGGCUGUCCGCCGAGGAGGGGGAGGAGGACGGCGGCGUGCUGCUGCUCGGCGUCCACCUGUGCGGCACCCUCUCACUGCGCGCGGUCGAGCUCUUCAAUUCGCACCCUCGCUGCACCUUCCUCGCCCUCAAGCCCUGCUGCCUGCCGCCGCCCGUCCACGCGCGCCGCGGCGACUUCUUUGAGAUUGGCCGCCACCGCUUCGCCGCCGCCGACGUUGCCGCGGCGGGAGGCUUUCAGGCGGGCGGCGUGUGGCGCGGGCCGCCUCGCUCGCACCUCGCGGCGCGGUUCGAGCGGUGGACGGGGCACCUGCUCCAGGGCAUCGAGUCCGGGCAGGGCGGGGCCAGUGCGGUCGAGGAGAGGCGAGUCCAGGUGCGGGGCGGCUUCCAGAAUGCCUUCAUCUUUGCGGAGCGCGGCGCGCGCACGCCGCGGCUGUGGGACGGGCUUGCGGCGCGGCGCGCUGGCGGGGUCACGCGGUUGCGCGGUGGCGCGCUCGCCCCCUCCCGCCCGACCGCCCGCCGCGCCGCGCCGCCGGCUCCGUGGCAGUACUCUGCUCGCGAGGCGCGCGCCGAGGCGACGAUCGACGGAGUGCCAGCCGGGCAGCUGCUGUGCUGGCAGCACGUCAAGGGGGUGGCUUGCGCCUGCGGUGGCAGCCGCGCUCACCUCUUCCAAGGCCACUGCGGGACGGCCAUCGCGGCGGCGCUCGGCGUCGGACGCGGCUGCCGCACCGGCCGCUGCCGCAAGCCGCACCCGGCCGACGCGCUUGGCGACCUCAUCGCGCAUGCAGAGUCGGCCAGCGGGAGGAGAGCGCUCCUCGGCACGGUCGCGGCGCCGUCGCUGCGCGCCGAUAUUGACAAAGGCUCCCGCUCUGUGCAGACGUCGCGCUCUGUGCAAGCUUGCCGGCACAACGCAGCGCGGCGCUGCAGCUUGCCACCCGAGGCUGCACUCGACGCGCUGCGGCGGAGGCAGGGGGAGAGCUCUCACCUCGCGGCGCUGCUUGCGGCGCCGUGGCUCGAGGAGGCGAUCGCCGACGACCGCGUGCGCCGCUUGUUUGCGCGCGACUCCAGGUCGGUCCGCAAGGACUGCAGCGAGGCGUGGGCUGCCGCCGAGCGGGUGCGCACUCUGCUCCGCUCGCUGGGCAUGCCCGCCGACGGCGAGGGGGCGGCGUUGCUCGACGUGUGCUCGGGCAAGGGCAUGACGGCGCUCGUCCUCUCGUUCGAGUUUCCGCGCGCGCGAGUGCACAUGCUCGACGCCAACGGAGAGAUGGAGCUCUCGCACGUCAGGGCGCGCCCGAACCUCGACUUUGUGCAGUGCGACCUCUUCUCGCGCGACGCCGCCGCAGCGCUCGCCGCGUGCCGUGCCGACGCCGCUGCCUGCGUCGCGGUUGGCAUGCAUUUGUGCGGCGCGCUGUCGCCGCGUUUGCUCACGCUCGCCGCGCGCUCCCCCGCCGUCGACGCCGUCGUGGUCUGCCCCUGCUGCUUGAAGGGGUCGCUCAAGGAGCGCGUGCGCGCGGAGGCGCGCCGCGACGGCCGCGAGCACUACGCGGUGCUCGUGGACACCCUGGCGUCGCUCGCGCGCGACGAGUGCGGCGACAGGGGUGGGAGGGUGAGCGUCGAGUGGGACGGCGAGAUGCUGUCGCCCAGGAACGCGCUCGUGUCGCUCUGUGCGUGA